GCUCGGGCAAAGUCCUAUAAAUGAGGUGCCGCAGCACCCAUGUCAAACCAAAUCAAACCAAGACUCAGCCUCGCUCAGAUCCAUUGUUUUUUUUCACCUCUACUGAAAUCUCAUCAUGGAUAUCCCCAUCCAGUAUCCUUGGUACCGUCGGGCCUUCCCUCAUCGGCUCUCUGACCUCCCCCCGGCAGAGCCUUUUGUUGACUGGCCCCACAUGUGGCCCUUUUCCUGGUCCUUGCCCUGGAUGCGCCCGUCGGCCAUGCGCUGGCUCAACUGGCCUGACAAUGGACACAGUGAGAUGCGCAUAGAAAAGGAUCGCUUUGUCAUAUAUCUGGAUAUGAAGCACUUCUCCCCUGACGAGCUUUCUAUCAACGUCAGUGACGAGUUCAUCACAAUACAUGGCAAACACGAGGAUAGACAGGACGACCAUGGCUUUGUGUCGAGAGAGUUUAUCAGGAAGUACAGGCUUCCUGCAGGCGUGUCGGGUGCUGAUGUCAACGCCAGUCUGUCAUCGGAUGGUUUGCUGACAAUCACUGCACCUCGGUCAUCUUCUGGACAAGAACGCAAUAUUCCCAUCUCCUGUGAGGAUGGGACACCAAAACAGAAAAUGUAGAGCAAAGCCUGACGCUGCCGAUGCUGUUUCAGUUCUAACCAAAAGUGCUGCCUGUUGUACGGUUUAACCUGUCUCAGUUUAGACACGUGUAAGUGGGACAUGCAUGUCUAGAUGUCUGCAGGUGUGUGGCUUCUAAUAAACCAGUAACUCCU